CCGAACGCUACAGCAGUCUGCCACACUAGACGUCUCAGCACCACCGCUAGAACCUCUCGCCCUCUUGCUCUUCCAGACCAAUCUAGACGAAAUGAAGUCCGCCCUCAUCUCUGCUGCUGUCAUCGCCUCUGUUGCCGUCUCGGCUCAGGCUGCCUACGUCCCCCCCGUCUACGGCACUCCCUCCGCCGUCUCGUCUGCUGCUCCCACCGCCACCUCCACCCCUACCCUCCCCGUCUACGGCCAGCCCUCUGCUGCCUCUUCGGCCGCUCCCACCGCCACUGCCACCCCCACCAUCCCCUCGUACGGCACUCCCUCUGCCGUCUCCUCGGCCAAGCCCACUGCCACCACCCCCGCUUCGGUCCCCGCCUACGGCACUCCCUCUGCCACCUCCUCCCUGGCUGCCACCGUUACCGCCACCACCACCCCCUCGUACGGCACUCCCUCCGCCAUCUCCUCGGCCAAGCCCACCGGCACUGCUACUCCCACCGGCACCACCACCGCCACCAAGAAGAAGUGCUCCAAGAAGGCCAGCUCCUCCGUUGCCCCCACCGGCACCGCUACCCCCACCUACGGCACCCCCUCGGUCUCCUCCUCCGCCAAGGCCACCGUCACCACCCCCGUCUACGGUACUCCCUCUGCCACCUCUUCCCUGGCUGCCACCGUUACCGCCACCCCCACUGGCACUGUCCCCGUCUACGGCACCCCCUCGGUCUCCUCCUCCGCCAAGGCUACCCUCACCACCCCCGUCUACGCCACCGCCACCGCCACCCCUACCUCCACCCCCUGCACUGCUGAGGUUUCCUCCUCCGCCAAGGCCACCGCCACCACCCC